GUACGUUUCUCAAUCACGCAAGCCAGAAGGCUUGACCUCUACACCGUCGAUGCAGAGCGAAACGGUUAGCAUCUUUCCAGUUCCGCAACUAGGGUUUCUCAAUCCCCGACCUUAAUCUCUUUCUCAAUCUAGGGUUCCUAUUUUGAUUCUCUCAAUUUUGGUCAUUCUUGUCAGAUUCGUAAUUUUCCCUUUCUGAAUCUCCCGGGAAUUUUUUUACCUGACUGAGAAAGUGUAUGAAAGAAUCCGCUAGUUACUAAGAUUUCCGUGCUUGUAAUUUAAUGUUUGGUGUACUUGUUUCGGGUUCUCGUGGUUGCACUGGGAAAUACUCAUGAAAGAUUCGAUUUUUGGCGAGAUUUUCUUGAAAACCCUAAUUUUCUUGAAAACCCAAGUUAGUGAGUGAGUUCUCGAUGGAUUCGAGGCCAGUGGUAUUCGACAUAAGCUCGGACGAAGAGUGUUGGGGAGAGACCGGACGAGGUAACAAUACUGGUGGUGGUGGUGAUGGGUAUGACUGGAUAUCAGAGUUCUUUGGAAGAGAGUCUGAGGACUCCGACGAUGUCGAAUUAGUGGGUGAGAUUGUUCUGAACCCCAAGCCAAGGCCUAAGUCUUCGAGUGUCGCUGAAAAGCUGAAAGAUUUCGAUGAUGAUGAUGAUGAAUGCGUGAUAUUGGAUGGUGACCCGGAUAAGCCGGUUGUGAUCGAGAAAGAUAAUGCAUCUGACUCGGAUGAUUUGCUCAUUGUCGGCGAGAAAGGGCAGAUUGCUUGCAGAGAUUACCCUCAUCCACGUCAUCUCUGUGCUAAAUUUCCAUUCACCUCCACCCCCCACCAUAGGCAUUGUCACUUGUGCCACUGCUAUGUCUGUGACUCACUUGCUCCAUGUGUGAAAUGGGGCAACGCCACUUCCAGUAUCGACCAUUGUCACGCUACGGAUAAACAUGAGUACUGGAAACUUCAAAGACGAAAUCUCAAGCAAGGGGACAAUGCUCCACCACCAGUUCCAAAACUUCCUAUUAGGUCUGUCCCGAGAGGCCCACCGCAAACAAUCCCAAUCCCACAACUACCACCACCACCGCCGCCGCCACCACCACUAGCACCACCACCGCCGCCGCCACCACCACCACCGCCACCAUCAUUGCGGCAAUAUGUGUCUCAUCAUCAGGUCUCUAGGCCAACCACAAUCCGUCCUUGCUCUACAUCAGCCAAUUCUUCCAUCCCAAACACCACAAAUCAAGGCAGAAUCCAACAGCCUCCAUUUGUUAAUUCCAGAAACAAAUUCCUCCCGCAUUUGGUUUCUCAGCAGCUACCGAGUACGCACAGUAAUAUCCAUCGAAGGGAUAGAAGCCACAGUGUUGGUAAUUUAGUGCCUCAGUUCACUAAUUCCCAUGCAAUUUUCAAAAAGGCAGGAACGGCUGUGGGUGCUUCAACAACUUAUCGAUCAGGAUACACUUCAUCUAACAAUAAUCAUGCAACUCAAUACUUCAGAAAUUCCUCUCCUAUGGCGGCUUCAAACAAUAGAUAUUAUAGUAGGCGGAGAGAGUUUUCUAGCGGGAUGAGUUCGGACGCAAAUGCAUGCCGGGCGCCAUCCCUUCCAAAUACGGGCAGCAGAUUUGGGAAUUCAGUGCCUUCUUACCACCGGGUAUCUUCACAUCCAAACAGGCAGGGCGUGAAUUCAGUGCCUUCUCAACCCAUAGUAUCAUCUGAUUUGAACACAGUGCUUUAUCCACAAGCCUCUUCUCAGCCAAACAUGGGGAGCAGUUUUGAAUACUCAGCGCCAUCUCAGCCACAUGAAAUCUCUCAGCCCAACAUGGGCAGCAGCUUUACAAGUCCAGAGCUUUCUCAACACCAAGUGUACAGUCAGUCUAUUCCUGUAUCAAAUGAUGGCCACAAUGGGCUUCAAAAUCCUCUGGAUGAUUUUUCAGAUUUUAACUUAACCUGGGACAACCCCACUUGUGAGACCUACCAACAGCCUUUGGCGGAUGAUUCCAUAGUUCAAAGUGCAGGGGUUACAGAGUUUGCUCCCCAGAUUCAUAUGAGCAUAAAUGUGGGCUCACCGGACUUCCAUUAUGAUAGUUGGAUGCUGGAAAAUCAGCCUGUUUCUGGGACCCUAGAAGUUCCGGUGCCUUCUGGGUUCGAUGUAUAUUCUCCGGAGUCUGCACAUUUAGGGUCAAGUUUCUCGUUUGAUUUUUAAUCUAUUGGAAAUGUCCAAUACACGUGGAGCGGGCAAAACAAUGGGAAUUUACAGGAAUGGCAAUCCCCUUUUGACGAUGAGAUUAGUAUCCGUCUUGAAACAUCAUUUGGAGAACAUUGUAAUGUACAGUUUUAUAUAAAAGUAGGUGCAUGUAUAAUAGCCCUGGUUUCAAAGGGUGCUUUACAAUGUACAGCGCCAGUAGUGUCUUCUUGCUUGUAAUUUUAUUUAUCUCUGAGAAAUCCCAGAUUCUAUUUCCCCCCCUCAUUUUAGACUACAUGGAUCUGACGUACUCUGUUUCUUUGAUAUGAAUUGAUUUAUUUCCAAUCUC